CUUUAAUCAUUAGCAAACGUUUUGACUUAUGUGAAGGGUUACCGGCCUAUUGCCUGGAACAAUGCAAUAUCACAUUUUCAGGAGUCCACAAAAUGCUCAGAUUCCAGAGCCGUUCUCUUAUCCAGAUUUUCAGAUCAUUUGGCAGUGUGCGAGAGAGGGAGGAUUGUUGUGUUACCACGGCGACCAGUGAGGAACCCACCCUCUUUCUAAUGACCUAAACAUGAGCUCCCGAAAAAUGACAUCUUCUGGUAAGGCUGGAGCCAAGGCACCCUUGAAGAGAGCAACUCAAACCUCAAAGACAGGAGCAUCUCCACAAAGCAGAAUGAGCACCAAGGUGGCACAAGGUGGCCAGUCCAAAAGCACAGCUGACAAGUCCACAGGUGUUACCCCCUUGACAGAGACAGUUCUCACAACACUAUCAAAGAAAAAUGUGGAGCUGAGGCGAGAGGAGCAAGCUGCAGUGACCAUUCAGUGUGCUGUAAGGAGGCUGCUGGCCAAGAGGGAACUAGUAUGGAAACAGAAAAAGAAGCAGGACUAUGAGGAUCUAAUGGAACACUUGGAGAAAGAGUGUUUUUGUCUGAAGGCUUUUGUGGCAAUAGUGCGAAGGAAACAACAGGAGGCACAGCAAGAGAGGAGGAAGGAGGAGGAGGCGAGAAAGAAGAAGAAGGAAGAGCAGCUCCUUCAGAGACGCCUUCUGGAAGCAGCUUUUGAUGGGGAGACAGAAGUGGUCUUAACAAUUCUCAAGGAGGCAUCUGAGAGGGACACACAGCGUGGCCUUGGGGUUGAGAAAACAAGCAAACGCCAACAGCUGCUCAAUCAGCUCCGCAUGACAAAUAUCACGGAUGCCAACGGCAACACGGCUGUGUCAGAGGCAGGAGCAGGGGGUCAGCCUGAGGUCAUCACUCUAUUGGUAGAGAGAGGUGCAGACGUUAACACACAGGGUGCGUUUGGACGGACACCCAUCUUUAGGGCUGCCUUUGGGGGUCACCUUGCGGCAGUGCAAACCCUUCUGCAGUUGGGGGCGGACCCAAGAAUCCACGCAGAUGAUGGCAGCACCCCGGUGCAGGUGGCAUCUGGUGAGGCCUUGGUAUCAAUCCUAGAAGGCUGGGACCUGAGCAUCACUGACUGCAUGCUAAAAAAGAUGAGGGCAAAACAACAGAGGAGCACUGAGGAGGAGCAAAAGUUGAAGGAGGCAGAGACUGACUGUUUGAAAGGAGAGGUGGAGCAGCUCCAGAAAAAGCGCAGAAGGCUUAUGUAGAGCUGAAUAAGCGGAUUACAGAGCAUGAUAAAUGUCAGAGGAAGGGUAUGGAACAAGCAAAAGUCACAUUGCAGGUGGUUCAUGACACAGAGGAUGUAUUUAUGAAGACUCAAAUUGCUGCUCAGCUGGCUGCUGAUCAACUAUCCCUCGCUAAUCUGGCACUG